GAAUCGAGCAUAGUCACAAAUCCUAGUUUUCGAGGAUGUCUCAUAUUCUUUACUCUGAUAAGUACUUCGAUGAUACUUAUGAAUAUAGACACGUGUCUCUGCCUCGUGAAGUGGCCAAGCUGCUUCCCCGGAAUCGACUUCUCUCCGAAAUCGAGUGGCGAGCAAUUGGGGUUAAGCAGAGCCGUGGUUGGGUUCAUUAUGCAAUUCAUCGUCCCGAGCCACAAAUUAUGCUUUUCAGGAGGCCAUUGAAUUAUCAGCAGCAGCAGGAAAACCAGGCCCAGGCCCAAGCCCAAGAUAGUUGA